GUUAUGCAAAGGAGCCGAGCGUAUAAAAGCCAGAUUCAUAAGAGACACGCGAUAGAAUUUCGAGUUUGGUCAGUCCACGUUUGGUUGCGAUAAUGAGCAAAUUCCCUUAAGUUUCGACGUGUUUGUCCUGGGAAAGCACUCGCUUUUGUUGAUUUGUUUCUUUGUUUGUUUCAAACGUGGGACGCCACGGCUCUCAUGUCGGAGCCGGCCGAGCGACUCCUUUGAAUGUCCCCCCGUUCAGCCGCCAUGGAGUACCAUCCGACCAUAGCUCCGCCGGUGCCGCCUCACAAAGCCCAAAGUGGCCGGCCGGGGCAACCUCACGAGCGGCUGCUCAAGUGCGUCCUGCUCGGCGACGGGGCGGUGGGCAAGACCAGCCUGGUGGUCAGCUACACCACCAACGGAUACCCCACCAAAUACGUGCCCACCGCCUUUGACGACUUCUCGGCUGUGGUCCAGGUGGACGGAAACCCAGUUCGACUACAGUUGUGUGACACUGCGGGACAGGACGAGUUCGACAAGCUGCGUCACUUUUGCUACAACCGCACCGACGCCCUGCUGCUCUGCUUCAGCGUGGUCAGCCCGGCAUCCUUCCAGAAUGUCUGGGAGAAAUGGGUCCCAGAAAUCGGGCGUCGUUGCCCCCUGACGCCCGUCCUCCUAGUGGGCACGCAGUGCGACUUGCGGCAGGACGUCAAGGUGCUCAUCGAGCUGGCUCGGCGGAAGGAGAGGCCCGUGGCCGAGGAGGACGCCCGCGCGCUGGCCGACAAGAUCGGCGCCGUCACCUACGUGGAGUGCUCGGCGCUCACGCAAAAGAACCUGAAGGAGGUGUUCGACGCCGCCAUCGCCGUGGGGUUGCGCAAUUGCGAACGCAGGCUGCGCCGGGAGAGGAAGGUGCGCAGCACGGCCGAUAAGAUGAAGAUGCUUUCCAAGUCGUGGUGGAAGAAGUAUGUGUGUGUUCAGUAGAACUUCCAGUGACUUGGUGGAGCACCGCUUGGUGAUUCCCCCCCCCACCCCCCUUUCCUUUUUUCUACUUGGAGACUGGGGGUCUAAAAGAACAACCGCAUGAAUGAGAGCGGCGUCCAACCAAACCGCAAACGAUGCAGCUUUCGUCGACUAUAUUCUCAAAUGUGAACUGGAGCCAGAUGAUCAGCAUAUGAACUGACAAUAUAUACUCUGUAUUCAAACGAUAUAGUCUGCGUUGUACACUGAAAUUCAACUUGCUGAAAUGAAAACUUGUUUCAUCUUGCAUUCUCAAGAUGAUGUUUGGAAAACCUCCUGUGUUGCUUUACUGCUUUCAUAAUCGUUCAACCUAAUCAAUCGUCCCCACCGACUGAUGGUAAUGUGUGUAUAUUUUUGAGUAUUUAAAUCAAAAUUUUGACUUUAAUUUUUUUUUUUUUGAUAAAUGACCACAUUGAGCUUGGAGGAAAUUAGCUUUUUUUUUUUUUAAUAGGCAACACAGCCGGAGAAAUGACCGCACAGUGACAAAAAAUGUUAAGCAUAAUAAACCAAAUAGUCAGCCAGUCACGUCCACUUGGAAGCUGUCAAAUAAGAAUGCGCCUCUAGAUUUUGGCUUUUUUUUUUUUUUUUUUGUAGAUAAAAACAAUUUGCAUUGAAGACUAAAUUGUCCAUAGGUGUGCUUGUGUGUGUGAAUGGUUUUCUAUGCGCCCUGGAAUUGGCUGGCGACCAAUUCAAGGUGAGCCCUGCCCCUUGCCCACAGUGAACUGGGAUAGGCUCCAGCAUACCGUUAAACGAGUGAGGAUAAGCGUAGAAGUUGGAUGUUUUGAUCAGGAAAUGACCACAGUAUUAAUAUUAAUUUUUUGUGGAUUUUUUUCCCCGAAAGUUUCACAAAACAAUACAGCCAGUUAUCUCUAUCCAAAAACAGCAUGUACUGAUUGAUUAAAACAAAAAGUCAAAACAUGUAUUAAGUUUGUAUCAUUGUGAAAGUAAGAAAGAAGUGGCAAUAUCAAACUUUUGUCGUAUUUUACCUGAAAAACCUGGAUUGGGGUUGUGAUUUUUAGUUUUUCAAAUCAAAAUUAGUUGGAGAAAGUUUUUAUUUUCAUUUUGAAAAUAUAAAAAGAUUUCUCUUAUUAAGAGAGGUUUUUUUGUUCAUCUUACACAAGAUCAAAUUUUGAAACGUUUUUUUUCCUCUGAAUUUUGCACAUUUUUUCACCCAAAUAUAUCAAAUAGCUAAAAUUGUGAAAAAAAAAAUGUUAAUGACAAAACAGUACCAAAUGAUUUUGAACCGAAACGCGCAGAUCUUUCCAAAUUUUUUUUAAGUCCGCAUCUACCCCCCCCCCCACCACCCCAAAUAUCGAGAAAAAAAAACAUUCAAAUUUAAACACUAAAUUUUGAUCAACAAAAUGGCCAUGUUAAACUUGUUGGCUAAAAAAUUCACUAUUAUUUCCCAAAAUAAAUAAAUAAACAAACAUUGGAAAAAAAAAAAAAAAGCUGCAGCCAUAGCGUGGGUGGCACCUCCGUCAAUUGCAUCAUCAAACGGUUCCAACAGUAUCUUAAGUGGAUGACAUGCAACGAGCGGCCUUUGGACCAGCUGUGUUCAGACUCGAGCUUUAUCAGCGACACCACCAGCUAAAUAAGGUUAAAACAGUCCAAGAUGGUAGCCCAGUACACAUUCAUUCUCUGUCUCUGUCAUUUAGGACGUGAUUCUCCUCUGUUUCGCACCAAAGAAUCUCAUUCUAGAAUUUACUUGUAUCUUUGCUUCUUAUUUUUCAGAAGCUAGUCGUUGAUUCGUUUACGUUCUGUUUCUUUUUCUGCUUCCUUCUGGGCCUCGGACUGAUCAUUUACAAAGCAGAUGCAUGAUUGUGCCAUGUUAUGUAUGUUACAUAGUAAAAAUAUCUAAAUGUCCUGUAAUAUGAUGUUUGUAAUGUCACCAUACAAGUAUGUAAGGGGUACUUAACAAAAUGAUUUUGUUGAGCUGUUUCAAUGGAACAAAAUAAAAUGUGAAACAUUUUAAACACUUCUGUUGACACUUAAAUGCAAAUGAAUGUGUGAACAUUACAAACGAUAUGUGUGGUUAAAUUACUUUCCAAUGUACAAUAUGUACUUCUAAGGUUCUGGCUCCCUCCAGAAACAAAAUUGCCUCUGAUGAUCAUAAUUAUUGUAGUAAUUUCACCAUACUGUAUAUGGACCUGUUUAAAUAAAAUUUACAAUGCAGUGUGUAGUAAAACUGUUAUUAACAGUU